AUCAGAUCUUGAUAAUAAAAAAAGUGCAAUAUAGUGCAUCCUCCAGACUUUCAACUUUCUCCUUAUCUACCAUCAUCGCAGCCAUGUCCACCAAAGAACAGACUUACAUUAUGGUCAAGCCCGAUGGUGUCCAGCGUGGACUCGUUGGUGACAUUAUUGCCCGUUUUGAGAAACGAGGUUUCAAGCUUGUCGCGUUGAAACUCGUUCAGGCCACCACUGAGCACCUCGAGAAACACUACGCCGACCUCAAGGGAAAGCCCUUCUUCCCUGGUCUUAUCAAAUACAUGGCCUCUGGCCCUGUUGUUGCCAUGGUCUGGGAAGGUCUUGACGCUGUAAAGACUGGACGUGUCAUGCUGGGUGCCACCAACCCUCUGGCCUCUGCACCUGGAACCAUCCGUGGCGAUUAUGCCCUCGCUGUUGGCCGUAACAUUUGUCAUGGCUCCGACGCUGUUGAGAGUGCUCAGAAGGAAAUUGCACUUUGGUUCCCAGAGGGCCUUGUGCAGUACACCAACACCUUGGAGGGAUGGGUGUUCGAGUAAUCGCACAUCAGAUAUGCACCGAGGAAUCAAAAAAGCAUUUUGUAAAAUUACCGCACUCGGCUAUCGAUCUUUCUUGACAAAGUUUACUGGUACCAUAAGAUAGUCCGACACAAACAUUAAGAGAUGG